GCACGCAUGUUUUUCUUUUCCCGCAUCGGAGGUUGACAUUUUAUUGACAGACAGACCAAAAAGUUCCAGUCAGAAACGCGGAAAAUCGUAAAAAUCAAUCCCAUCAGAGAGGAAAAAUAAAGCGCAUUUUCAUUUUCGGAUCGUUUCAAUCGUGUGCUAAUGAUUAUAAUUGUGAACUAAAGUGAAGUGUAGUGUUUGCGCGCAGAAUGGCCGUGGUGAUCGAAACGACCAUCGGCGACAUCACGGUGGACCUGUACCUGAAGGAACGUCCCCGUGCGGCCUUGAACUUCCUGAAGCUGUGCAAGCUGAAGUACUACAACUACAACCUGUUCCACACGAUCCAGCAUGGCUUCAUCGCCCAGACGGGUGAUCCCGGUGGUUCCGGCGAAGGCGGUUCCUCGAUCUGGGGAGUGUUGGAGGGAAAGCACAAGCGAUACUUCGAGGGGGAAUCGGUGCCGAAGAUUAGGCAUACGGAGCCCGGGUUGCUGUCGAUGGUGUGUGCCGGGGAAGGGCUGAUUGGGUCGCAGUUCUUCUUCACACUGGGACCGGAUUUGGCCUCGCUGGACGGGGGAGGACACGUCGUAAUUGGGGAAGUAACUGAGGGGCACGAAGUGCUCCGGAAGCUGAAUGAAGCGAUUUGCGACGAGAAGCACCGGCCCUAUAAGGACAUACGGGUCACGCAUACGGUGGUCUUGGAGGAUCCGUUUGAUGAUCCAAGAGGGUUCCGGGAACCGACCCGGUCACCGUCGCCAUCGGCUGAGAGGCUUGUCGGCGGAAGAAUUGCAGCGGAUGAGGACAUCGAUGAUACUGAAGGCAAAACGAAGGAGGAAAUCGCUGAAAUGUUGGAGGAAAAGGAAGCUAAAGCCCGGGCGACGAUUUUGGAAAUUGUGGGGGACAUUCCGGAUGCGGAAAUUGCACCGCCGGAGAACGUUCUGUUCGUUUGCAAGCUGAACCCGGUCACGACGGAUGAUGAUUUACAGAUCAUCUUCAGCCGAUUCGGGAAGAUUAAAGGAUGCGAAGUGAUUCGAGAUAAGGUCUCUGGAGAUUCGCUGCAGUAUGCUUUUAUUGAAUUCGAGGAUAAAAAGUCCUGUGAAAAUGCGUAUUUCAAGAUGGACAAUGUACUGAUUGACGAUCGUCGUAUUCAUGUGGACUUUUCACAAUCGGUUGCUAAAAUCCGCUGGCGAGGAAAGGGAAGAGGAAUCGAGUAUAUGGAUGGAAGCGACAAGAAGUCGUUCAAAGACAUUGAAUACAAGGACGAUAGGAAAGGUCGCAAACGAGCCCCAAGUCGGCUGAGGAAAUCUUCAAGUUCGGGAUCGUCCAGCAAGUCACGAUCGCGAUCUCGAUCCCGCAGUCCACAGCGUAGACGAAGCUCAGUUCGGCGUCAGGUAGGAGGAGGCAGAGGGGGUGGCCGCAGAGGGCGUUCUCCGUGGCGUAAAUCGGGUGGUGGUGGAGGAGGAGGCCGUCGUCGUUCUGACGACAAAAGAGUACAUCUAUCGGAGAGUCAUUCCGCUUACCAUGAGGAACGUAACGGACGAGAUAUUAGAGUUGUCCAGGGAAAGCUGGACUACAAGAACCGUCCUUAUCCAACCAGUUUCAUAAAGCGCAACAGAGGAGGAGGAGGAGGUGGAGGGGGUGGACGAGGUGGUGGAGGACGAUCACCGAUUCGAAACAGGCCACGACGUCGAUCACGUUCUCGCGAUCGCCGUCGAUCUUCCCGAUCGCGCUCCCGAUCUCGAAGCCCAAGCUACCGCAGAAGAUCCGCUUCGGUUGAUCGUCAUGAUCGUCGCGGUGAUCGUGACCGCAGUCCAGCCGAAAGGCGUUCAUGGAGAAGUCGUUCCCCGCAGCGCCGUAGAUCGCCAACACCGGAGCGCAGUCGCAAUCGUCGGGAUUCAAGCCCUCCAGCAGCAGCUCGCCGGAAUCCUUCUCCAGCCAAGGCCAAAGCAGCACCACCCAUUGAGAAGCACAAAAAGGACAAGAAAAAGAAGCGCCACUCGUCGGAGUCGUCCGAUUCCGGCUCACCGGCCAGAUAUUCCUCCGACGAACGCUCCAAGAAGAAAAGCAAGAAGAAAUCUUCUUCCAGCAAGAAAAAGUCCAAGAAGAGUAAGAAAUAUUCGUCGAACUCCGAUAGCAGUGGUUCGGACUCCAGCGACGACGACAGAAAGAAAAAGAAGAAGAACAAAAGCAAAAAGAAGAAGAAGUAGUGAUUUCAACCAGAAUCAUUUAGUUUGCAUUCGAACAAUGAAUGAAUAACGAAUAGUUUUAAGCAGGGCAUGAGGACUCUAACCAUAUACGAACUGGUCACAAUCCAGGGCUUUUCAUGAUUGACUUUUAAUUGUUUGAAUAUUGAAUGUAAUGAAGAAAAAUUGUGCAAAAUAA